AUGUCUGUUCCUAACUUCGGAGACAUCGCCAAGUCGGCCAACGACCUCCUCAACAAGGACUUCUACCACCUUUCUGCCACCACCUUCGAGCUCAAGAGCAACACCCCCAACAACGUUGCUUUCAAGGUCACCGGCAAGACCUCCCACGAGAAGAGCACCGCUGGUGCUAUCGAGGGCAAAUACUCCGACAAGGCUACCGGCCUGACCCUCACCCAGACAUGGAACACCGCUGCUGCUCUUGACACUAAGGUCGAGCUCGCCGACAGCCUCGCCAAGGGCCUGAAGGCUGAGGGUGUCUUCUCCUUCCUGCCCUCCGCCGGUGAGAAGGCCGCCGCCAAGAAGGGCGCCAAGUUCAACCUCACCUUCAAGCAGAGCAACUUCCACAGCCGCGCUUUCUUCGACCUCCUCAAGGGUCCCACCGCCAACAUCGACGCCGUCGUCGGUCACGAGGGCUUCCUCGCUGGUGCCUCUGCCGGCUACGAUGUGAACAAGGCCUCCGUCACCGGCUACGCCGCCGCUGUCGGCUUCCAGGCCCCCACCUACUCUGCUGCUAUCACUGCCAGCGACAACCUCAGCGUCUUCGCUGCCUCAUACUACCACAAGGUCAACUCCCAGGUUGAGGCCGGUGCCAAGGCUACCUGGAACUCCAAGGCCGGCAACAACGUCGGUCUUGAGGUCGCCAGCAAGUACCGCAUCGACCCCGUCUCCUUCGCCAAGUUCAAGGUCAACAACAACGGUGUCGCCGCUCUCGGCUACAACGUCCUCCUCCGCGAGGGUGUUACCCUUGGCCUCGGUGCCUCCUUUGAUACCCAGAAGCUUGACCAGGCUACCCACAAGCUUGGUGCCAGCUUCACCUUCGAGGGCUAA